GUUAAAGGUUAGACAACUAUUGAAACCGGAAGCGUUACUUUAGUAAAUUUAGCUAAACCUUUGGAAAAUCGUCUAAUCAUUGUAACAAAGAUCUAGAGAAUCAAAUAUUCUAGAUUUAAGUCUAAAAUACGAUAAAAAAUGCCUAUUGAAAAUCUUGAAGACGAGGGUUUGGCAAAAAAUCCAAAUCUUGAGCACGCUCAGCUUCGAUUCUUACUUGGAACCGAUAAAUACAAAAAUGACAAGGAUUUAAAAAAGAAACUUCUUGAAGAAAUCAAAGCCAACAAUAUGGCACCUUUUUAUGAAGAAGUUUCUCAAGAGCUGGGAUGGAAGAAAGAUGAAGCCCUUCUAAAUGCAAUGAAGGCUGCUAAUGAAGAGAAGUUGAAGCAGCUAGAUGAGGCCAUUAAAGAUGCAGAAAAGAGCUUAGGAGAAACUGAAAUUAGGGAUAGUAUGUUAGCAAAGGCGGAAUACCUUUGUCAAAUUGGAGAUAAGGCAAAUGCCCUCACAGAAUUUCGAAAGACCUAUGAUAAAACUGUGGCACUGGGGUAUAGGUUGGACAUUGUCUUUCAUUUAAUAAGAAUUGGGCUGUUCUACAAUGACCAUGAUCUCAUCACUAAAAAUCUUGAGAAGGCACAAAGUUUAAUUGAUGAAGGUGGUGAUUGGGAUCGUCGCAACAGGCUGAAGGUUUAUAGAGCUCUAUACAAUAUGUCCAUUAGAGACUUCAAGUCUGCAGCAGCCCUUUUUCUUGACACAAUAGCAACUUUCACAUCGUAUGAGCUGAUGGAGUAUCAACAGUUUGUUACGUACACUGUCCUCUGUUGUUUGAUAGCUCUGGAACGGCCAGAACUCAGAGAAAAGGUUGUCAAAGGAUCUGAAAUACUAGAAGUUCUUCACAGUCUGCCAAACAUUCGUAAAUUUCUGUUCUCAUUGUAUGACUGCCUGUACGCCGACUUUUUCACUGCAUUGGCGGAAGUUGAAAACCUAAUGAAGUAUGAUCGGCUCCUGUCCUCACACUAUUCCUACUAUGUUCGAGAAAUGCGCAUCAUGGCCUAUGCCCAACUGUUGGAGUCAUAUCGCAGUCUAACCUUAACUUACAUGGCCAAAUCGUUUGGUGUUACAGUUGCUUUUAUUGAUCAAGAGCUGUCUAGGUUUAUAGCUGCUGGCCGUCUGCACUGUAAAAUUGACAAAGUUGGUGGAAUUGUAGAGACAAAUAGACCAGACAGCAAAAACUGGCAGUAUCAGAACUGUAUCAAGCAAGGUGACAUUCUUUUAAACAGAGUACAAAAGCUCAGCAGAGUUAUUAACAUUUAAUUGUUACAAACUAUGUAUGUCUGUUUGUAUGUUUUAAAGUCUAGUGUGAAUGUUUGCAUAUUGUCUGUUUUGAUAAAUAUCAAAAUGUUUAAAAUUUGGAUUUACUAUUUAGAAUUAAGUAUUAUUUUUGUUUGAAAAACCUAAAAAAAAUCUUAUUAGACUAUUUGAAUAUUUGUCUUGAGUUGCAAAAAAAAAAGUGUUUUAAAAGUAUUUGGAUAUAACAUAUGGUUUAUAAAGAAAGCUAAUUAAAUUGACAUAUUUGGCUUACAUGUCUUAAUUUUUUCUAUGGUUAUCUGAUUAAAGAUUUUUCAGAAGCAUUA